AUGCAAUCUAAGAAUGCUGGUGUUGAAAUCUUUCAGACAAGUGUGAACAGUAGUAGUAAUAAUAAUAAUAAUAACAAUAAUAGUAACGGUAGAAGACAAACAGAAGAAUAUUUAGAUUCUAUUCGAUGUAUGAUUGGUUGGAGAAAUAUGAUUUAUACAUGUUUAACAUCAAAUCAAACAUUAGAUGAAAAUCAUUUAUUAGAUUUAGCAAAAUUUCUACAAAAUAUGGCUAUUUCAACUCAAAGAUUAUUAGAAGCCAAUGUAGAUUUAUGCGUAUUUUGUCGUAAUAAUAAUGAACCGAAAGAAAUUUAUACUAGUCAUAAAGUGAAAGAUCGUUUUGGUCGUGUAACAUGUCCAAUUCUACGUAAAUUCACUUGUCCAGUAUGUGGUGCAACUAAAGAUCGUGCUCAUACAAUAAGAUAUUGUCCAAAAUUAUUAUUAACAAAUCAUAAUCAAAGUGGUAGUAUCAAUAAUAAUGGUAAUAGUAGUAGUAGCAAUAUUAGUGGUAGUAGUAGUAGUGCACCAUUAACAUGUCCUUUAAUUGAAGCUGGUCUAUUAGAACCAAUACAAUUCACUACAUCGAAUUCAUUAUGAUAAUAUCAACACCAACAACAACAACAGCAGAGAAAUGCAAACUAUUUUCUAAUCGAUUUAUAUGCUAUUGAUGAAGAUUUUAUUGAAUAUGGUUAUGAUGAAAUUAUUAUUAUUAUUAUUAUUAU